AUGGCAGGAGAAGUGGUGGGUGGAGCAUUUCUCUCAGCUUUCCUUCAAGUGCUAUUUGAUCGGUUGGCUUCUCCCGAGCUCAUACGCAUCUUUUCCAAACAAAAGUUGGAUGAUGGACUCAGAAAAAAACUGAAGACAACCCUACUAGCCCUCCAAGCAGUGCUGGAUGAUGCGGAGGACAAGCAGAUUACCAACAAAUCUGUGAAAGCUUGGCUGGACGAGCUCCAACAUGUUAUCCACCAAGCUGACGACUUGCUAGAUGAGAUCACUACCAAAGCCUUCAGGGACAGUUUGGAAGCUACUCAUGAUCAGUCCCUCACCCAAAGCAGCACAACUCAGGAAAUCAUCACAAAGGCUGCCAACCGCAUCUUUGGUAUAUGA